ACUGGUCUACAGAGACAAGGUAAGAGGUCUGACUUGCUGUUAAUCUCCCAGCCCACCUCUGCUGGUCAACACUGGUCUUCACUGGUCAGCACUGGUCUAAAGAGACAAGAUCACCUAUACUGACAACUUUGCCAUUUUCCUCCUCCUCCACUUCCUCCCCCUCCACCACCAAGAGUAGUGUGCUUAUAAGGUAAACUAGUGUGCUUAGAGAAGGUAAACUAGUGUGCUUAGCGAAGGUAAACUAGUGUGCUUAGAGAAGGUAUAGUAGUGUACUUAGAGAAGAUAGACUAGUGUGCUUAGAGAAGGUAUAGUAGUGUGCUUAGAGAAGGUAGACUAGUGUGCUUAGAGAAGGUAAACUAGUGUGCUUAGAGAAGAUAGACUAGUGUGCUUAGAGAAGGUAGACUAGUGUGCUUAGAGAAGGUAAACUAGUGUGCUUAGAGAAGGUAAACUAGUGUGCUUAGAGAAGAUAGACUAGUGUGCUUAGAGAAGAUAGACUAGUGUGCUUAGAGAAGGUACAGUACUGUACUUAGAGAAGGUAAACUAGUGUGCUUAGAGAAGAUAGACUAGUGUGCUUAGAGAAGGUAAACUAGUGUGCUUAAAGAAGGUAAACUAGUGUGCUUAGAGAAGGUAAACUAGUGUGCUUAGAGAAGGUACAGUAGUGUACUUAGAGAAGGUAGACUAGUGUGCUUAGAGAAGGUAGACUAGUGUGCUUAGAGAAGGUACAGUAGUGUACUUAGAGAAGAUAGACUAGUAUGGUUACAGAGGGUACAGGGGGAUGAACAGUUGGAGCAGGAUCUGGAAGAGAGGCGGGGAGGGAGACUCAUCAUCCUCUAGAACUGACACCCCAGUGCAACAAACAAACUCAGUGGACGACUGUUCCGAUGAUGUGGUAUCCACGGGCCAAUCAGGCAGUACUCCUCCGUCUGAUCAUAAGGACGGUGCAGGCACUCAGCAGGGGGGCCUGAGGGAAGGCUGGAGGGGCCAUCUCCCUCGGUCAUGGGGAAGGGUUAGGGUUACCCUAACCCGGUCAUGGGGAAGUCUCCUGCAGAAGUGGAGCAGUGGAGCAGCAGAGUCUGAGCAGGGACCUGGGGGGGUCCACAUCCUGCCUAACGGUACUAGGGUGAGCCCCCCUGUGAGGCCCCUCCCUCAACGCAGGGGAUCCUCCACCCCCACAGACCACAACCCCCUAGAGGGGUCUGAGCUCAGUAGCUUGCACCUCGCGGAGCAGUACGCAGAAAAGCUGGAGGUCUACAACAUGAAAUAUUCCUACCUGAAGUCCUGGCCAGGCAUGCUGCGCCUGCUGGCUGGGAUGGAGCUGUUGUUCGCAGGCAUGGUAUUCGCCUGUGUCUGCGCCUACAUCCAGAAGGACAGCCAGUGGUCCAGCGCGUAUGGACUGCACAGUGGGGUGCCAGGGUACCACUACAGGGGCCCCAUGACUCCCUUUGUGCUGGCCGUGGUGGGGCUGUCCUGGGUGGCCACCCUGCUGCUCCUGGUGAUGGGCUUCACCAUGUACUACCGCUCUAUUCUGCUAGACGCCCCCUGGUGGCCACUGACGGAAGCUGCCAUCAACGUAGUCCUGUUCCUGCUCUACAUGGCUGCUGGCAUUGUGUACCUCAACGACCUGAACAGGGGAGGGCUAUGCUACAUGACGGUCGGGGUCAAUCCCCUGCUGUCCAGACUGUGCAGGGUGGAUGGGGGACAGAUGGCAGGUGCUGCGUUCAUCUUCAUCACCAUGGCAAUGUACCUGGUGAGCUUCUUGGUGUGUCUGAAGAUGUGGCGACAUGAGGCAGCGAGGCAAGACAGGCAGCGUUGGGAGAGAGGCAGAGAGGGCAGAGAGAGGCAGCACUUUGAGAGAGGCAGAGAGGAGGUGAAGCUAAUGGAUAUUAGUAGAGAGUGUCAUCUCCGUGGCGUGGCCUCGUCAGCCCCCUCCACCCCCAGGAGGAUUGUAUUUGAAGAUGAGAUGGGUUCUGAGAGGCAGGUCAGAACUACCCAGCACAGAACCAGCCAGCACAGACCCAGCCAGCACAAAAACAGCCAGCAUUGGCUCGUUGGGCUCCCAACUGCACCAGACUACACUUCCAAACCCAGAGUAAUCGCAGAUUACAUCCUGAAGUUCCCUGCGGUGCAGCGCCUGGAGGAACGGGAUGAUUACCGGACCGUGUUUAACGACCAGUACCAGGAGUACCGAGAACUGCAUGCCGAGGUCAGCCCCACCCUGGCCAAGUUCACACGCAUGGACGCCAUGAUGGACACUCUGCUGAGGAACGGAGACCAGGGGGAAAAGAUGAGAAUUGAUAAUAUAUUGAAGAAAUAUGAGCAAAAGAAAAAUGACCCAGCCUUCCUGGAAAAGAAGGAACGUUGUGAAUACCUGAAAGCUAAACUCAGCCACAUCAAGGACCGUAUCCGAGAAUACGACCAGAACACAGAGACAAUCAUGCAUGACAGUCGUUACAAUGACAGCCCUCCCUUCUACAGCCCCCCCCAGCACAGCCCCUCCCCAGCCCUCUACCCCCCACGAAACAGCCUCUACCCCCGCAGCAGCCUCUUCCCCUGGAGCCAACACGAGGCCUCCCCUCCACCAGACUCCAUCUAUCAGGACGAGCGUCCUCAGUUCUUCCACGACUGGUUUUCACCGCCCGGUCUGGUGAAGACCUUCCAGGGCGUCACCAUCCUCAUGAGCUUCCUGAUCUUCGCCUGCGUGGCAUCUACCCUGGUGUGGGACAUGCAUGGCCAUGGGGCGGGGCUGGGGGGCUAUGGGCUGGGCGCCGCGGGGGCUCAGGUGGGCUACUACGGAGGCACCUACGGCUACGCCAGCUCCUACAUGACCCCCUACUCUGCUAAGUCCGCCAUGAUCUCCAUGGCAGCCAUCAACUUUCUGGUGUCGCUGGGAUUCCUGGUGGGGAGUUUCUCUCGCUCGCGUGCUGCGCGUGGCCGCAGGUUCUACCUGGCGGUGUUGGUGUGUGACGUGGUGUUGGCUGUUCUCCAGGGCAUCAUUGACAUUGUGUUUGUGAUCGGGGUGAACCCAGCGUCCCAGAGCUCCCAGAGUGUGCUGUACAACCCCAUGCUGAGGAUGUGCCAGACCCUGCAGGGGCCCAGCCUGAGUGGCAGCGUGGGGUCCGGGCUCCCAGGGGGAUUCCCCAUGUACAACCAGUACCUGCAACAUUACUGCUUCAUGGACCCUGAGGAGGCUGUGGCGCUGGUGUUGGGUCUGCUUGUGGUCAUAGCUCUGACCAUGGCUGCUUACUAUGCCUACAAGACACGCAGUAAGAUCUGGCGCCAUGGCAAAGCCAACAUCUGCUGGGAGCGGCCGAUGCUCAGGGCUGCAGAGGGACAGGACGUCCAGGACUGGGUGAACCAUGUUGGAGAGGGCCGCAGCGUCCUUCAGGCCCCCACGCUUGUCAUCUGUGAGAGAGCUGAUCCCCUGCUCAGGGUCCAGAACAGCGUGGUCGCCUAUGGCGACGGACCAGCAAGCAUCUACAGUGAGGGAACCUACAAUGCUUGUCAUGACAACACCAACGGGCCUAAGGGCGGGCCUCCAGGGGCGAGUCCCAGAACAUCAGAGCAGGCUGAUAGUCCAAAGAAGAGCCUGCGCUGCCAGACCCCCCCACCAGAGCUGGAGACCAAGCAUUACCAGACUGGCUACACCACAGCUGGAGAGACUGCGGAGCUGAGGAGGAGCUGGGGAGGAGUUGGGGAAGAUACCAGGGAGGAGGGCCAGGACCAUAGCCACCUCCUGUUUAGCAUGUACCCUGAAAUCAGCUGUGACAAGCAGCGCCAGCAGUGCCGGAGGGAGUUUGCAGCUACCCUGCAGGUCUACAGGAGCCUGUGUGCUGACAUGGAUGACAUCAGUGACCAGCUGCACAAACUGAGCUGUGAGCUGGACUCCCUGGAUGAGACCUCUGUGAAGUACCAGGGAGUGGCCGAUGAGUACAACCGUUUGAAGGACCUGAAGAGAACCCCAGACUACCUGACCAAGAAAAAGCGGAGUCAGGAGCUCAGACAGAAACUCUGCCACAUAAAGCGACUGGUGAAGAACUAUGACAGUGGCUUGUGCUGAAAUUGGUCUCUCUGUCCAUCCAGCCCUGAACACCACCCUGUGUUCAGGGGCUCAACAACCCCAACACCCUGAACACCGUUAUCCAGGACAGGAGAGUGGCCUUAAGCCUUAUGGACAAACAGCUCUUAUCCAACAUGAAGGUUAAAACUGUUGUCAAGAGUAUACUUAGUGGUAGAGUAUUUUACUGCAAAUCAAAACUUUGCAACUCUGCAAAUUCCCCUUGUAUGAAUAUGAAUACAUCAUUUUGUACAAGAAGCAUGGGUAUCUACUGGUUACUUCAUCACCCAGCAGCCCACCAGUACCCCCUCUCCUCCAAGACAUAAUUUAACGGGACAGGAUGGGAGUCUGGUCUGAGUCUGGUCACUUCAGGUCCAAACUUUUACCAAAGACAUGCUGUUUGAAUUCUGAUUGUGUGCAUUUUCCAGGUAUUUUAUGUAUGUCAAUUAUUUGUCCAGACGUAAUGUUGUCAUUAAACAACAAAAUUUAUAAAAUCAACAAAGCUUGUUU